UGACAAUUCAUCAAGUAAUGGGAAAUCAAUCCAGGUGAAGAAUUUUACACUCGAUACCUUUAUAAGUGACAAGCAGUUGUAGGGAACCAAUGACAUAGAGAGAUCGAAGAUGAGAGCACAACUAAUAGGCUGAUAUAUCACCUAGACGGUCUUGUUUCAAAUUCGAAAGUGUGGCUCCUGAGCAAUUUGCAGCACCAAUAUAUAUAAAAUCAUCACCUCGCAAUCAUAAAAAUCCACUAUUGUGAUGAUGAUUUCACAAAGAUUGACGAUAUGUGUCAUUGUAGUUUUUGGACUUUUGGAAGUACAAUCUGUAACUGACUUGUACCUCCUGGGUCUUUUUCCUAUGGAGGGAGCUUGGUAUGGCGGAAGAAGCUUGUUGGCGUCAGUUCAGAUGGGGCUCGAUCAUAUUAAUGGCCGAUCUGAUAUCCUCCCUGGUUAUAGGCUCAACAUUAUGUGGAAUGACACAAAAUGUAAUCCAGGUCACGGCACUAAUGUCAUGUACGAGCUUCUGUAUUCAGCGCCAACUAAAAUCAUGAUUAUUGGGGCUGCCUGUUCAGCAGUCAGUCAGGCGACAUCCCAGGCUUCACACAACUGGAAUAUUGUACAGAUAUCAUAUGCCAGUGUGUCUCCAGCAUUGUCAGACAAGACGAGAUUUCCCAAGUUCUUCCGGGUCAGUGCCCCGGAUGUGACCGUUAACCCAUCAAGGAUUGAAAUUAUGAAGCAGUUUAAUUGGAACCGCAUAGCUACGAUACAUCAGUCAUUGGAGCUGUUUUCAGCCGUGACAACGGAUCUUGUUGCCAGAUUGAAGGACGAGAAUAUGACACUGGUGACGUCAGAAAUAUUCAGCAAUGAUCCAUCUCUACAAGUCGAGAGUCUGAAGAACCAAGAUGCGCGAAUAAUAGUUGGUGGAUUUUAUCAGGAUAUGGCAAGAAAAGUAUUUUGUGAGGCGUACAAGAAUGACCUUUAUGGACCGAGAUAUCAAUGGAUUGUGGUAGGUUGGUGGGAUGAUGAAUGGUGGUCUAUCGAAGAUGAUUCUAUCACGUGUACACCAGAAGAGGUAGCUACGGCGGCAGAGGGAUAUAUUGCGACAGGAAUUGUGUAUCUUAACCCAGUGCAAGAAGCAGGAAUAGGUGGCAUAACACCAGACGAUUUUUUGGAGGAAUAUGGCAUAAGAACGAAUCAUGAAGUAUUGUUUGGCGCCGUAAUGGCCCCCCAGGGAUAUGAUGCUGCUUGGGCCGUAGCCCUUGGUCUUCAUGAUACGAUGGAGCAGCUUGCAGCUUCGGGCAGUUCGAAAGGACUAGAAGAUUUUGAUUACCAUGAUAGUGAACUUACAGAGAUGGUGUUUGAAUCCAUGAAGAGGGUAUCGUUCACUGGUGUCAGGGGCGCUUUGUCUUUUAAUGACAACUUUGAUCCUGUUGGUAUGGUACAGAUUGAUCGAAAGCAAGGUGGUGUGAAACAGAAAGUAGGGUUCUACCAUCCCGACGGAGAAAGUGGUAACAAGUUGCAAUGGUCAUCUUCUUCUCCACUUGUUUGGGAAGGUGGGUCGCCUCCAAAGGAUGCUACACAGUCAAUCGAUUCCCCCCAGCGUGUAUCGUUAGCUGUCUAUGGUACAAUGUGUACAUUAUCAGCCAUUGGGAUCAUUGUUGCUAUUGUCUUUCUCAUUAUCAAUAGCAUAUAUAGAAACGUUAGGAUCAUCAAGAUGUCUUCACCAUUAUUAAACAACCUCAUUCUACUGGGUUGUAUUUUCUCGUAUGCAGCUGUGUUUAUGCAGGCCCUUCAGCCAGAUCCAGAAGCUUUGUUUUGUAGGUUGAAUGCAUUCUCACUGACGAUCGGAUUCUCCAUGGCAUUCGGAGCGUUGUUCUCCAAAACAUGGAGAGUACACGCAAUAUUCACAAAUGUUCAACUAAAGAAAAAGGUUGUGAAGGAUAGUCAGCUAAUCAUUAUGACAAUGGGACUGGUGUUGAUCAAUUCAAUCAUACUUAUUGUAUGGAUGGUAGUUGACCCAUUGUAUGAGGAGGCGCACGAGUCGAAGUCUGAGGAGAAAGAUGGCGGAGAUACGAUUGUGCACUACCAGCACUUCAUUUGCGAUUCUGAGAAGAAAAUAUACUUUUUGGUUACACUGUACGGUAUUCAGGGACUUUUGCUCAUAUUUGGUUGUUUCCUAGCUUGGGAAACUAGAAAGGUAAAGAUUCCUGUGUUGAACGACUCACAAAACAUCGGGAUUUGUAUCUACAACGUGGUUGUGUUGAGUGUCAUUGGUGUUACCUUGACGAUGGUCUUGGAGGCGCAGCCUGAGUUACAGUAUGCGUUUACAUCGUGUUUUAUCAUACUAGGGACAAGCAUGACACAAGGCAUCAUUUUUGUACCAAAGUUGCUCAAACUGCGCCAGUCGAGAAAGGCUGGUUCGGAGGAUACUGAAGAUGAAUACACAGGGAGAAACAACGGAGGUACACGAACGGAAGUGACCGCAAUUGAGGACAAGAAGGCGAUUGAACUCAGGGAAGAACUUAAUGUUACUAAGGCCAAGCUCAGUGCGAUGGAGAAGAUGGUAAAAGAUUUGAAGAAUGAAAAGAUCAAAGAAAACAUUAUAACUGAGGAAGGAAGCACUGCGUGACGGAAUAAAAAACGAUCAACUGACCAAGAAAUAUAAUUGUGAAUCUCACGAACACACUGAGCAAGUGAUAUAAUAGACGAUAGAAAUACCAGGCUGAAACAUUUUCACCUAGGCCAAUGCUGUUUUUGAAUUUGAGCUAUGUUGUUAUUGUAUAAUGUAUGUGUUAUGAUAUGUACAUAGUAUGGAUAUAGACUGAAUGUUACCCUUUGUAUUCGUU